CGGCUCCGGGUGCUGGGGAACCACGUGGAAGCGGCGACCGCCGCCUGUUUUCUGCGCUGCGGACGCGGCUCUGUCCCACCCCCCAGGCCGGGCAUGGCGACGGCGGCGAAGAGGCCCAAGCAGGUGGCUGCAGGGGGCAGCCCUGCGGAGGAUGGCAGAGCUGAUGCCCUUUCUGGCUUCCUGGAUUGGUGUGAGAAGGUCGGGUUGGAGCUCAGCCCAAAGGUCUGCGUGAGCAAAGAGGGCACGGUGUCAGACUACGGCCUGUUGGCCAGAGAGGACCUCCAGAUCGGAGAAGUCCUCUUCACCAUUCCAAGAGCCGCGCUCCUGUCCCAGCACACCACCUCCAUCCGGUCCCUCUUGGAAAAAGACCAAGCGUCGCUGGAGAGUCAGUCUGGCUGGGUGCCUCUCCUUCUGUCUUUGCUGCAUGAAUACACGGCCAGCAACUCCCACUGGCGUCCCUAUUUCUCGCUCUGGCCUGACUUCAGCAGCUUGGAUCACCCCAUGUUCUGGCCUGAAGAAGAGAGGGUGAGGCUCCUACAAGGCACUGGCAUCCUCGAAGCGGUGGACAAAGACCUGGCCAACAUCCAGCUGGAGUACACCUCCAUCAUCCUGCCCUUCAUGGAGUCCCACCUGGACCUCUUUGACCCCAAGCUGCACACGCCGGAGCUGUACCGGAGGCUGGUGGCGUUCGUCAUGGCCUACAGCUUCCAGGAGCCCCUGGAUGAGGAAGACGAGGAUGAGAAGGAGCCCAACCCGCCCGUGAUGGUGCCCAUGGCUGACAUUUUGAAUCACGUGGCCAAUCACAAUGCCAACCUGGAAUAUUCCCUGGAGUGUUUGAAAAUGGUCACCACGCAGCCCAUCAGCAAAGGCCACGAGAUCUUCAAUACCUACGGCCAGAUGGCCAACUGGCAACUCAUGCACAUGUACGGCUUUGCUGAGCCGUACCCCGGCAACACGGACGACACUGCCGACAUCCAGAUGGUGACGGUGCGCAGGGCUGCCCUGCAGGGUGCCAGCACUGAAGCGGAGCGGCAGCUGGUCUCUGAGCAGUGGGAUUUCCUUUGCCAGCUGGAGAUGGUGGGGGAAGAAGGAGCCUUUGUGAUUGGCUGGGAGGAAGUGUUGACAGAGGAAGAGCUGUCCAUGACAUUGAAGGUGCUGUGUAUGGCUGCAGAGGAAUUCAAAGAGUUUAAAGAGCACGAGGGCUGGGAAGAAGACACAGAGGAUGAAGAGAGCUUUACUUUGUCUAACGAGACAAUACCCAGACUCAAAGCCUCAUGGAAGAAGCUUCUCCAUGACAGUGCGCUGCUGACGCUGGAGUCUUACAGCUCAGACCUGAAAGCAGAGCAGGACUUGCUCAAUGACAAGGUGGCUUAUGGCAAACUAAGCCCAAGAGAGCAGCAGGCCUUGCAAGUGCGCUUUGGGCAGAAGAGGAUCUUGCACCAAUUGCUGGAGCUGACAAGCUAGCAGAGGCUGAACUGGGAAUUGCAGCCCUUGUAUAAAGCACACCUUGCGCUCUCCCCCCCACUGGUGGGAUGGAUGGGGUGGCCACUUCUAUUCAGGAAGAACAGUGGGUGAGAGUUGACUUGGACCCAGUUAUUUCUGUAUUGGCUUUUCAUCUACCUCUUGACUUUUCUAUAAAUUACAUACCUGUCUUACUGGGGAGGGAAAAGUCUGUUCCUUAAAUUUCAGCUUUAAGUGUGACAUGCAGGAGGGUUCCCCGUGUUCAAGAACCCAGUCUAGCCAUGCUAACUUUGAUUGAGGCAGUAGCCCACCCCAUAGCCACUAAUUGUCAUAGAACACUGAUUUUAUACUUGCAAGGGUGACAUCUUGAAGUGGUUCUCAUUCACUGUUACAAGCAUCUAAGAAAAUGCUCACCUCUAGUCAGCAGGGAGUUUUCCAUUAGUAGAACAGCCUGCUUACUGCCUUCAAACUCUGUAAGCAACUGUGCCUGCAGCCCUGUCCUGCUAGUAACUUGUUCAAAGCCUGAGUAGGGCUGCAGGACACUUUUUCCCAGGUGUCAGACUAAAGGUAGUAUGUUUCAGAACCCUAGAUCUACUACAGUUGGCUCAAUUCUCUCCCUUAGACUUCAUUCUGCAUAUGGUCAAGCAACAUGCCCUGAGACAGAGCUAUCAGCUAGCAUCAUAGUUAUUCAAUUUUGCUGUAGGUAAAGCCUGAGGUGUUUGGGGGUGCAACUAGACAAACGUAGGCUUUUAUGCACUUUUCUGGCCAGUAUGUGACAGGAUGUUUUUACCCGCUUUUGAGAUGGCAAGAAUUCCUCUGGGGUGGUGGUGGCUAUUUUGCUUAGCUGCUCUCUAAGGAGGAAGGCAGAUCAGUGAUUUGUGCUGUGCCAUUUCUGCCAUGCAGUAGGUAAGGGAGGCUUGGCAACACAAGUUGUCUUUAGGAAUUGCUCCAGAAUCUUAGGGUCCUACAAUUCUACAGCCUGUUCAGGAAGAGACAGCAUGGAAUUCCCUAGGUUAAGGUAGGCAUAUCUCUAGGAAUGCAAAUAACUAGGCCACAUCUUUUUCUCUGAAUGACUAAAAAUAGUGCAGCUCUUUGUCAAUGGGGUUUUCUUAAGUUAAAAGGGCUCUGAUUCCUUAGUGAAAUGGAUUUUUUCCCUUGCCUAUUAAUGCUAAAGGCUGUGCAGGCCCAAUGAUGCCCUGUACUUUCAUAAAGGAAUUUGUACACCAGUUUGAGCUGGACUCUAUUUGCUGUUCCCUAGCCUCUGCUCUGUUGGUGUUGCAGGCUGAGGGGAAUUGUAGUUUGCUGCUUGCUAAAAUAAAGGUAUGAUAGUGUCACAGGAA